AAGUGACAGCUCGCACCAGUGGAACGACUGCGAUAAAUAGCUAAAACGGAUACAACAAAUAGCGCGUUUUGUGAGAAGUGGUUAUCCAUUUACUACGGCUUACACUUUUGACCACGUCGGCAGUGCACUGAAAUCAGACAGUGGUGAAAAACGAUUUAGUAGGCUGUUAAAGUACAUCAGUUCUUUUGAUUUUAUAUCGAGGGCUUUUCAGGAGAAUACCGUCAAUAUGAGGGAAAUAAUAAUACAUGAUUAAAUUCCUUUCAGUCCAAAGAGAUAAACCAACUGGACAGGAGCCGCGAGUGUGGGCUUGCUGGAGAGAAAAGCGAGAGCGAGAAAGAAGCGAGAGAGAGAGAGAGAGAGAGACUGGAGGGGUAGAUGAUGCGUUAUGGUUAAUGUAACAUUUGUCGUCAAUCUGGAGUUCAGACGUGACAAUGGACAGAUAAUGGAAGCAGCGACUACAGGACUUCGACAGUCAAUGCUUUUCUGGUAGCCUUUUGCUUUUGAUAAUGCAUUGUGCGAAGAAAAUAACAUCGCGUGGGUUUUGGAUACAGGCACAACCACAACUCCAAAGGCAACCGAAAUUAUGUAAUUAAUGGAGAUGUUCUAUUGCUCGAAGUCUAAUUUAAUCUGAAGUAAUUGGAUCAAACAUUUUAAUAUAGGGGAAAGUCGAGACAGUGGGCUCCGCGCGUGCGGCUCAGCCUAUGUAGUUCCAGAUGCACGACGGUAUUCUGUGUUACUUUUUAUGGCUACAGCUGGAGACCGAACAGUUACAAGCGAGCUUUGACAGACAUGUGCGGUCGGGAGCAGUAAUAAUACCCCGCAUCGCACAAAAGCCAGCGGUCUGUGAUUCUGCAAUAAGGAGCUGAUAAAAGCAAUACAUUGUUCUGUAACUAAAGUGAUCCAGUGCGCAAUGGGCGACGAGGCGUCAAACUUCAGGGGAAGCACCGGCGAGGGGCUAUCGUCACCUACCAGACGGAUACUUUAACGAUUGGCGAAGCUCUCAGCAAAAAAGAAGGGAAGCGUUUUACAUUUAGAAUAGAUAUUAACUUUUGGUUGGGAAUUUAAUUGGAUAAACGGUAGGAGAAAGAAAGACACUUUCUGGGUGAAAUUAGUCACAUUCACUGCCUGACAGUACCACUGUGAUAAUGGUCGAAAGGUUUAAAUGUUUUUAUUUAGAAUAUUACAUAUAACAUCGGACUGCACUUGACUUGGUCACUUUUGUCUACACAAUUACACAGGGUAGGCUACGAUCAAGUGGCAAUGAUGGACAUUAAUAGGUUAGUAAUUUGAAGUCAAAGAAUAUAUAGCCAUAUUAUUAUUUUUGUCAAUAAGUUGAGAUAUAAAAGGGAUAUUUUAAUUUGCACUAUGAUGGAAGUACCACCACCGUGCUCGAAAAAGAGCCUUUCUCUCUCGCUCCCCGUUCCCCGGGAGCAGGCGACCCUAAAACCUCCGCAACAUCUUUGGAGGCAGCCACGGACCCCCAUCAAAAUCAAACACCGGGGAUACUCCGACACCGACCGCCAUCACCACCGAGGGAUAGAGCGCUCUAAUGCCAUGGACACGAGCGACAGACCGGGGCUUAGGAAGUGUCGGAUGUCCUGGCCAUCCUCGUUCCAAGGAACCACGAACCCCUCCAUCGGCAAUUGUGUUGGAAAUAAACGUUUUGACUCAGAGAAUGGUCCGUCGGCCGGCCGCAGCCCCAUGGAUUCGCAGGCGAGUCCUGUGCUGGGGCUGCACCCCUCCUUUACCACAGAGGGGUGCAGGAGUCGCGGGGAGCGCAGGGAGUCCUUCCUGUACCGAUCAGACUCCGACUAUGACAUGUCCCCCAAGACCAUGUCACGCAACUCCUCCAUCAACAGCGAGGGGCAUGCAGAAGAUCUCAUAGUCACCCCUUUUGCUCAGGUGUUGGCCAGUCUACGAACUGUAAGAAGCAACUUCACCAUCCUCGCCAAUGUCACGACACCCACUAACAAGAGGUCACCAGUGACAAGCCAACCCACUGUUCCUCAGGCAACACUCUCUGAUGAGACGUACCAGCAGAUGGCCAGGGAGACUCUGGCUGAGUUAGACUGGUGUCUGGACCAGCUGGAGACCAUCCAGACCCACCGCAGCGUCGGUGACAUGGCCUCCAACAAGUUUAAGAGGAUGUUGAACCGGGAGCUAUCUCACCUGUCAGAGAUGAGUCGUUCAGGGAACCAGGUGUCUGAAUACAUCUCCACUACCUUCCUGGAUAAGCAGAAUGAGGUAGAGAUCCCGUCUCCGACCCUGCGGGAGCGGGAGCGGGACAAGCCCAUGUGUCAUAUCAGUGGAGUGAAGAAGCUGACACACAGCUCCAGCCUGUCCAUCAACACCACCAUGCCACGCUUCGGAGUCAAGACGGAACAGGAGGACGCACUGGCCAGGGAGCUGGAUGACUUGAAUAAGUGGGGCCUUAAUAUCUUUCGUCUGGCUGAGUUCUCCAAUAAUAGGCCUCUCAGCUGCAUCAUGUUCGCCAUCUUCCAGGAGAGGGAUCUUUUGAAGACGUUUCGAAUCCCUGUCGACACGUUUGUGACCUACGUUAUGACCCUGGAGGACCACUACCAUGCCAAUGUGGCCUACCACAACAGCCUCCACGCCGCUGACGUCACACAGUCCACCCACGUCCUGCUGUCCACACCGGCUCUGGACGCUGUGUUCACUGAUCUGGAGAUCCUGGCUGCGUUAUUUGCUGCUGCCAUCCAUGAUGUGGAUCAUCCUGGCGUGUCCAAUCAGUUCCUCAUCAACACCAACUCGGAGCUGGCUCUGAUGUACAACGAUGAGUCAGUCCUGGAGAACCACCACCUGGCCGUGGGCUUCAAGCUGCUCCACGAGGACAACUGUGACAUCUUCCAGAACCUCAGCAAGAGGCAGAGACAGAGCCUGCGCAAGCUCGUUAUCGAUAUGGUGUUGGCGACGGAUAUGUCCAAGCAUAUGAGUUUGCUGGCUGAUCUGAAGACCAUGGUGGAGACGAAGAAGGUGACCAGUUCAGGAGUGCUCCUGCUCGACCACUACACUGACCGCAUCCAGGUGCUGAGGAACAUGGUGCACUGUGCGGACCUAAGUAACCCCACCAAGCCCCUGGUCGUGUACAGAGAGUGGACUGAGCGCAUCAUGGAGGAGUUCUUUAGACAGGGGGACAAGGAGAGAGAGAGGGGCAUGGAGAUCAGCCCCAUGUGUGACAAACACACUGCUUCUGUGGAGAAGAGUCAGGUGGGCUUCAUCGACUACAUCGUGCACCCUCUGUGGGAGACGUGGGGGGACCUGGUGCACCCUGACGCCCAGGACAUCCUGGACACUCUGGAGGACAACAGGGACUGGUACCAGAGCACCAUCCCCCAGAGCCCCAUCUCCCCACCCCCAAUGCCCCUCGGCCCAGACAAGAGGCUCAACGCCUGCAUCGACAAGUUCCAGUUCAAGCUCACCUUGGAUGACGACACGGAGGGAGGACAGGAGGAGGAAGAAGAGGAGGAGGAGGAGGGGAAAACCACCCCCAAUCACAUGGUGCUGGACUGCAGUCAGGGAGAGGAGGAAGACAAGAAAGAAGAGGAGGAAGGAGAGGACGUGGUAAAGGAUGACAUCAUCGAGGAGGAAGGGGAAGUAGGGAUGGAGGAGGAGGAGGAGGAGGAGAAGAGGGGAGUUCUUCAGCGAGCUCAGUCAGGGGUGGAGAUACACUCUGACACAAGCCCCGUGGAGGACGACGAGGAGGAAGACUCCUCCUCACCAGCUGAUGACACAUGAGUUCCGCUCCUCUCUCCCUGGCCACACCCCACAUGCACACACCACGCCCCUGUUGUCAAUCCUUUAUUUCCGAUGGCCAAAACCCAAGAUCAAAUAAGACUACAUAAACAAUAGACCUUUAAAUCUAUUUUUCAAAAAGGGAACACAAAUAAUAUUGCUUAAAGAAAAGCUAUUUACACAGCAACUGUAGAUUUGGAGUUGGAGCCGUUUCUUCCAGCUGAUGCUAUGAGGAACUGCUAUGAGGACAAAGAGGAACAUAGAGAAGCGUUAAUAAUGGGCCAUUGAAGACAGUGUAGCACUGGACCUGAAACACACACACACAUAAACAUACACAAACUCACCUCCACACAAAACACACCUCACUCACACACUUUGAUUCAUGGGAAGAAAAAAAACCUCCAAAGUCUACACCCGAGAAUGUGUGUGUUUGUGUGUUUGCGCGUGCCUAUGUGUGCGUGUGUGUUUAGAGGACUCUGAUUGGUAAUGAAUCUCUUUGGAAAAAGCCAUCUCUAUAUGGAGUAUUAACUAGCGUCAGUCAGUAUUACUAGUUCAUGUUUGUUAGAAUUCAACAAGAACUCUGUUUUCUUCUGAGUGACUUAUUUUCCAUUUCUGUCGGAAAGAAAACUACAGAUAUCUAUCUAUAGAGGAGGAGUGGCGCGAGAACAGAAGAGAGGAUUACGUUUAAUAAAGAAAGGAAGAUACUGUGAUGAGGGGACCUGAGGGUCCCGCCUCCAUUUUCCCAUUUUCCCUUUAUGAAGAAGUGCUACCGGUGCAACAUGGCUGUGUGCCUUUCUGGAAACACCAGCUCCUGAAACAUGGAGCUGUCGUGAAGCAAUGCAUCGUGGGACAGGAGUGUCUGCUUUUGUCGUCAUUUUUGAUUGUCUCUUGUUCAAAGAUCUAUUGUAACUGUUCAUGAUUUUGUGUGUGUGUGUGUGUGUGUCACAUGCUCAGUUAGUUUCUGUGGUGACAGGUUUUCAGCUGUAAGUCUUCCUUUGUUGCUUUUCAUGUUGAUGAGACGUUUCAGAACUCGUAGAUAUGAAGUCACUACCACUACACCACCACACCUGCUGCUUGUGGACUCUCCAGUUUUUACAUACGAAAAUUAUUUUCUUUUUUACUUUCUGAGGAUAAGCCAUGAGAUACUUUAGAGUAUAUGUUCUGCCUGUUUUCUAUUUAUUAUCAUUUUUUGCUAAAUAUGUUUGAAGGAUUAGGAUAAUAUCAUCAGCAGCACAAAUUCACGUUCCAUCUCUUACCCACUCACGCUGUAUUUAUUCACCAGUCUCUUCUCACUUCCUGCAUCAGUUGUCACCAAAGCAACAGAUUGGAAAACUGAUGAGGGGAGAGAUGCUUUGACGGGGCAGAUUGAGAGGAUUUUGUCAGGGUGAUUUCAGGAUUGGAGGGAAUCGAAAGAACAAGCUUGGCCAGAAAGGAGGCUGUUCAGACAGUCACACACAGCCAUUCUUGUUACGUUUUAAGCUUUUCUGCCUUAAUGUCAAAUGCAGGAUACAUACCUGCCACUAUGUAGAUUUAUAAGAUAAAUUCUAAAUAUCCUAGUAUAUUUAUACCAUGUCUGUAUGCCUCUAUCUGUGAGUGUCUGUGUGUCUAUACACAAUGUACCCAGCAUCAGCAUAUGGACAGGAACAUUUUAUGGCCAAUAUUAAGAAUGUGUUGUGUCAGUUGCGAGGGCACAAUAAAUAGGCCAAUUUAGCUCCAGGGAAUGCAGGUCAAAUGAGUGGUAAACAUAUAGCUGUUGCAGACCGGAUGUCGAGUAAGUAUAUUUUCUCACAAUACUUUUUCUGGUUGAAAAUAACGUCUGUCUUGGGCUGAGGACAUGUCUGAUAUAUAUAUAUAUAUAUAUAUGAGAGAGAGAGAGAGAGAGAGAGAGA